CUUCAGCCUGUCAUUCGUAAAGAGUUCUUCCACGACAAAGGAUCUUCUCAAAGUACAAUGAUGAAUUAAAGAAAACGUUGCUCUAUCAAGUCAAUAUGGCUUUAGAGAGAGGUCUUUCUGACGAUAGUCUGGUGGAUACUCGCACCAACAACCUUGCAUCAAGCCUUGGUUCUAUGAGUCAGGUGGAUGAAUCCAUACGAGAAGCAAUCCAGGAUACCAAGAGUACCUUGUGCUCUGCUACUCCACUGACACCAGUUGGCAAGAGGAAACAGAUGAUCAAGAUGCUGACUUUGACACUCAUGCCUAUCGUUGUGCUGACUGCACUGGCUAUCUCGGAUUUGAUUGCAACCUUGACUAAAAGUAUCGAUGCUAUCGAGAUAAGACGUAAUGUACGAUUCAGUAGGCAGGUUGGUACCCUUGUUCAUAGUCUCCAGCUAGAGCGGGACAUGACGGCCUUGUACAUCAGUUCUUUGAUGCAGCAGAGGACAACCGGUCCCCAGCGUAAGAUAUUCCUGAUCAACACAUAUCCCAUCACCGACGAAGUACUUGAGAACCUAGACGACUGGCCUGUUGCAGGGACUGUGGCUUACCAGCAAUUUCAAAAUAAGGAGGCAUUUAUGUCAUUCUUGUUCGAGUAUCGUCUGACUCUAGAUAUCCACAACACUACUAUCUAUGAGGUGAUCCACUUCUACACUGAUGCGAUUCAACUGUUCAUCGACUGGUUGUAUGAGAGUGUUGGGAAAUCCGGUGGUCAGGGAUUAUGGGAAACCUUGGUAGCUUACCAACUACUCAUUGUCGGAAUGGAACAGACUGGCAUUGAACGAACAUUGGGGGCGGUGUUCUACACCCAAGGUGGCUUCGAUAAACCAACCGAUUACCGUUGGUACAUGGAAAAAAUGCAGGUUGGCAAGAGCAACAUCUGGGCCUCCCAAAAGUACUCGGAGCUAGUGCGAGAAAUUCUCGAGGGUAAGGUGCAAGAGUUCGAGUAUGACUACGAAGAAAUAAUCAACACCAUGCGCGAAGAAAUCUCGUAUAAUAAUGCUUCCCGGGAACCCUCUUGGCAAGAGGGUACAUGGUGGUUUGAUAACAUGACUAUCUACAUCGACACACUUAAGGAUAUCCAAAGGAGAAUGGCCGAGGUUAUCUUAACAAAGCUGAACAGUGCUGUAACCACAGACAAUGCAGAUCUGGCUGUUAGCAUAUGCAUCAUGGUCAUUGUUGUUAUUAUGUGUGUCAUCAUCAUCAAGGCCGUGGAGUCCCUGACUGCCAACAUGCAAGUGAAUGCUCGUACUCUAGCCGACCAGACCAGAGCCCUCAAUAAAGAACGCAAACGCACUGAUACACUUUUGUAUCAGAUGCUACCCAAGUCAGUGGUUGUCAGCCUAAAACACAACCAGAACGUCAGAGCGGAAAACUUCGCAGAGGCUACAAUUUUGUUUUCUGAUAUCGUAGCAUUUACCCGCAUUUGUUCGGAGAGUAACCCUUUGCAAGUAGUCGAGAUGCUCAACAAUGUGUACACUAACUUUGACAGCCGCAUAGACAAGUACGAUGUGUAUAAGGUGGAGACCAUUGGAGACGCUUACAUGGUAGUAUCAGGUUUGCCACAACGUAAUGGCAACAAGCAUGCUAGUGAGAUAGCGUGCAUGGCAUUGGACUUGCAGAAGUGCAUCGAGGAGUUGGUCAUCCCACAUAAACCUGGUACCAAGAUGACUCUUCGCAUUGGAAUGCAUACAGGUCCUGUGGUUGCUGGCAUUGUCGGCUCCAAGAUGCCCAGGUACUGUCUCUUUGGCGAGACAGUCAAUAUUGCAGCCAAGAUGGAAUCCAACGGACUCCCGAAUCGUAUCCAAGUAAGUGAGGACUGCGCACGUAUCUUAACAAUCAUCAACAGUUUUUGCAUGGCCAAGCGAGGAGAGAUGCUCAUCAAGGGACGUGGUACCAUGACUACCUACUGGCUGCUGGGUUGCGUUAAGGAUGCUGAUAGCAGUAACUUUGAUGCUAAUCGUCAAGGUUUGAAUCUACAUGUACCCGAGUUGCCCAAUCCUGCAAUCGUAGACAACGACUAAUUUUAGCUGACCUUGGUUGACAACCAAAUUGAAUUCGGGAAGAUUACAUCACGGACGUUUAUUGAGUGAAAGAAACAUUAAUAAACUGGUAAGAGAGUAUAAUAACGAAAAUACCUUCGUAUAGGAAUCAAUAUUCAAACAAGUUAUUGAGAAAUUAAUACAACUGUUUACUACAUCAUUAUGUGAAAGUAUGUAAAGUUUAAAUGUGUUUUUUUUUGUGUGUUUAUGGACAUACGUUUACACUCAGUUGACGUUCAAGUAGUUGAUAAUUUAAUAUGAGAAUCCUCACUACCGAGAUACACGUAAGUAAUUAAUAAGAACAAUGCACCAAUUAAUGUUGAAUGGCAGUAGUAUAUGCACAUGUAAAUGUUUGUACUCGUUGUUUGUACUAUCAAUUACACUUAUGUUACGUAGAAAAGCACGCGUAAUUUCAAGUUCUGAAAAUAUUGAGGAAUAGGUGCGAUCUACAGUAAAGUGCACCACCUAUAAUGCUUAAUAUCAUUUUCAUUUUCUGUUCAUUUUUUGGGGGUUGACCGAUGACCUUUGGCUAAUUUUCCCACUAAAGAUGACAGUGCCUGUAAAGCAGUCCUGACGUCCUUCGCCAUAUUGAACAUGUCCCAUCCACUCAUUUGUACAACCUGCAGAGCAAUUUAAGUUAAAUUCCGGAUCAGACCUUGGACCAACAUCACUUGCUACAAACCCUCAAGACCAAAAUUGUUUUGGAUUUGGGCAAUUUUGGGCCUCUUUACAGGUUGGCAACCAUGAGUGACAUUUCACUAAGGUAUAUCGGGUCACUCUGGUUUCAGAAUUUCUGUCCCAGCGUUCACGCGUCUCUUGUGUACGUUUUGCAAAACAUAUGUGACUGGAAUAACGACUAGCGCUCUGACGUGCUCGACUUUUGAGGACCACAAUUAAUUUGUACCCAGAAAUUCCUUCGCGCGAUAAUUACGUGAAAACCACAAUUUUCAAGGUGUAUGUGAACGUUUAAUAUGCACCUUCUUUUAGCGAUGUUUCCAUCUGUUUUCAUUAGAAACGCGUUUUAAGACGAACUUGAAAUUAGACACAUUCCAGAUAAGUGUUUCUGUAAUAGUGUAACACGCGUCGCCAGUCAGCCUCAAUCCCUGCUCAUGGUCUGCUCAGAUGGCGUAAUGGCCAGUGUUGGAGUCGAGUCCUCAAAUCUGAGUACAGAGUACUCCGAAUACUUUAGGGGCCGAGUCCAGGGCCGAGUCCAAGAAUACUGUGACGAGUUCGAGUCCAAAGCACCGAGCCUAAGGAACGAGUACAUUCAAGGCCGAGUACUGCAUGGGCCGAGUCGGAGUACCUAGUCCGAGUCCGAGUACAAUACCAAAAGAGUACAAAAAAAAUAAAUAAUUAAAUUAAAUAAAAACAAACACAACAUGCAAUCCAAUCUUCUUUUCCAAGUCGUUAAAGGGAAUGUACAACAUUUGCUUUUGCUGUAAUUUUCAGA